AUGAGUUGGCUCCGCUCCAAGCUGCGGCUCGUCGCAGCGCGUGCGUCCGACGCGCUCGCCCAAGCCGCCGACAUGAUGACGCCGACGCUGUACGAGUCGCGCGUGGACGAGUUCCACCAGCGCUGGACGACCGUCGCGCGGUUCCUCGAGUCGGUCGUCGCGCGCGACCUCGAGCCUGGCGAGCAGCGCCGGCUGCUGCUCGAGAGCCACACGCGCGACUCGCUGCUGAAGCUCGUGCUGCUCAUCUACGAAGAAGAGAACAACUCGGACCGCUGGGAGAUGAUGGUCCUAGCACGCCCCAAGACGCCGGACGCAAGUGGGACCGACGCCCAGUCGCCGUCGCCGCCCUCGCCAUUGGAGCACGCGUCGCACGAGUGUCUCGAGUACCUCCUGUUGAAGCAGAUCAUUCCUCAUCUGUGUGAAGCUGGACGGCGGGAUGAACCAUGCGGCAUCAUGUCGCUCGCGAUGCAGUUCGUUGCGGCGUUGCUCAGUCGAGUGAGUUACCCUGUCUUGCCGACGCGGGAGGUCCAUAUGUCGGUUGUUGCACUCAUUCAAGCAGCAGCUCGCAAAGAAGUGGAGGACCCGACGGUCCGCAAGUACCUGAUUGGGCUGCUGAACAUUGUGUGGAAGAAGUUGCGGGGCGACCCUGUCCAGACGGAGUUUUUCUUCCUCCAUGCCGAUCGCCUCAUGAUCCGCACGACGGACAUGACGUACGGACGGGAUGAUGAUGCUGUCUCGACGCCGGUGUGGCCAGUGAGCGACGACCCGUUCUUGCAUACCCAUAACCACCACACGCAGAGUGAAGUGCCCGAGCUGAUUCUGUUUACGGGUCUUUUGCCACACAUGUACGCGGUGGGAAAAGUUGGCGAAAUGUGUCGUGAGGCAUUGGUUAUUGCUGCGGCGAUGCACGAUAAAGCGCUCUGUCGCUUUGUGCUGCAGCUCACUCCGUUUUGCCACUACGCGGUGAAUGGCGUGAUCUCGGCGUUUGAUGCGUUGCCCAAGACGUUUACAGCGGCGACAAAGACCUUUGCUGCUACAGCUGCAGAUUCGACUGAUCUUGAUGCAGAUAUGGAGGAGGAGCUGAGCUUCCUUGCAGUGCGACUGCGGUUUUGCUGCACAUUAGCGAUGGUAGCAAGGUAUGAACUGGACGAAGUGGAUGAAGUUACUGGUGAACUGCAGCGCCGAUCAAUUGCAGAUGAACUGUUGGAUCAAUUUCGGACUCGUUUUCUUGAAGGUCCACUUCUUGAAGGACUUUUGCACACGUCCGAGGCAGCUGCUUGCGCUGCCACACUCUACGCGCGCAUUGCGUUGGAAGAGUUGACAGCCUGUGGCCGGGAUACGCGAGCGAACCCGCUACUUUUUGUUUAUCUGCAGUUCCUCCUUGAGCGUACGUCAACGAAAUUUCGGACUGUUCGAGCUGUGGCUACUGUGGAAAAACAAGAACCAGCAGUGCUCAGUGAUCCUGAGCGACAAGCGAACAGACUCUCGGGGGCCCAACGGCUACCGUCGGAGUUAUUGCGACACAUUGACUCUCUUUCGAGCUCUCUGUGUAUCGCUACCAUCGAUCUGUUUACAAGCGUCCUGGAGUUGCAGGAUGAGUAUGCGGACCACAUACUGCUGGGUGCAAAGGAUAGGUCCGACUGGAAUAUCGAGAAUGGGGGUGAGUCAAGUCCACGAAAGCGUACACACAAAGCCUGUUCACUUUCGAGCCCCAAUGCGCUAAACAAUGGCGCUAUCUGGUUUGCAUCGCGAUUUCCUGAUUCGUCAGUAGCUUCAAACGUUCAUCUGUGGAAAAUCCGUGCAUUUGCUGGACCCGAGGAUCUUGCUGCAGAAAUCCCGGCAGCGGACGACCAAGAAGACCAGGUGUUGUCGCUGCUCUCUUACAUUGCGGAUGCCGAGUAUGCUGCGUGCCAGCGCGGCCCCGAAGAAGUUGGUGAGUUUGAUGAUGAUGAAGUUGACUUGCGGGAACACGCUAUGAUGUUGACGACUGUAUCGGAAGCCGAAAACGUUAUUCCUUCGGCAGUCACAGCUGCUAGUAUUGAACGACGUUCCAACGACGACAGAAUCGGUAUCGAAAGGAGCUGA